AUGGAAGAAGUCGAGCGAUUUAAUCAAUCAAUUAUUAAUCAUGAAGCAUUUGAUGCAUUUAUGCUCGAAUCAAUUGAUACUACAAAUAACGAGUCAUUAUCAGAAAUACAUAAAUGUUCAUUACAAGCUCGUCUUAAUACAUCUAUUUUUUUAACUUUUAAAUCAAUUGAGUCAACAUAUUUACGUGUACUUAUUGGACCAGGUAUAUUACUUAAUUUACUUUGUUUAUUUAUACUUUCGCGGUCGAAAUUAUCAAAUAAAUCGACUACGGUUAUAUUUUUACGUAUCCUUGCAUUUUUUGAUAUAUUAUCAAUUAUAUUUCAAUAUAUUCGAGCAGAAAUUAAUUAUCAAUCAACUGAAAAAGGUUAUGAAACAUUGUUAUUAACUUCAUCAGCUUGUAAAACAUUAUAUAUAUUAAUGAAUGCAUGCAUUUCAAUUGCUAUGUGGACAAUUGUUUUAAUGAGCUUAGAUAAAGCUGUUGCUGUUAGUUAUCCACUUAAAUCACGUCUUAUUACAGCUGCUAAUAUUGUUAUUGCAGUUAUAUUACGUCGUACUUCAUAUGAUUGGCGAAUAUGUGAAGAUUCUAAUAAACAAGAGUCUGAUUCAAAUUUUUCCAAAACAAAUUUAUCAAAAGCAUCACUUCGUCGAAAUUGUUCCGGUCGUUCAACAACUAAAGCAGUCGAAUUAGUAUUAGCUACAAAACGACGUACAAAUGCACAAGUUACACGUAUGCUUUUAGCUGUUACAUUAUCAUUAAUUAUAUUUAAUAUUCCUAAUACAAUAUUUUUUGUUUGUGAUAAAGUUUAUGAUAUAAGACAAAUAUUACAUGGACGUUCAUGUUUAGUUAUUAGUGAUCGUGAUAUAGUAUUAUAUAAAUUUGGGUUUUGUUCAGGCGUUAUACAAGAUAUAUUGUCGGAUUUACCUCAUGUAGUUAAUUUUUUCUUAUAUUGUUUAGCUGGAAAAAAAUUUCGAAGUAUAUUUAUAAAUGAAUUUCAUCAAUUGUUUAUUGAUUUUCAUUUAAUUGAACAAAAACAAAGACGUCGUAAAUAUGGCACAUCUAUUCUCAAAUCCGAUUUAACAUGCCGUACAGGCUAUCGUCACAAUCUGAGAUAUGUAUCAUCAAAACCUCCUGCAUCAAAACUAUGA